AUGACGACAGAUCCCACGCCGAAGCUUCAUGCUGUGGUCCAGUUGGAGGAUCGUCGAGAGUUCGACCCUGACGUUCGAUCGGCUCUGAUGGGCAUGGUAUCAGCUAUGAGGCGGCGGAAGGGAUCGCAGAGUCGCAAGAUUGAGCCCCAGCUUGAGCGCAUCGCCAUCCUACACUCCACCUUUCAAUCGACCAUCCAUCGAUUCCCAACUUAG